ACAAGGCCAACUAUAACCAAGCUAGGGAUAUAGCAAAGCGGCUUGGUCGUUUUCCAAGGGUCACAAUUUCCUAGACUACUUAGGCUCGAUCGUUAUCUAGUCAACCCGUUACUUAGCAGGUGGCAGUUGGCGAUUCCUAAGCUAAAGAUCGAUAGAUGAGAAGAGGCACUCGGGGUAACUCCCUCGCCCUAGCCUAGGUCUAUCAUGCAAAUGUCUAAAUAUAUCGAGUUAAGCAAAUAUGGUGAGUGAGCUCUUUUCCUUGGACCUUCGUGAUUAUCCACAUGCCUUUGAGUAUGCCCUACCUACCCCAUUGUCACCUCGAUAUAGGCUCACUUAUCUGGGACUUUAAAGACCUAGCUCCUUUCAAUGGGUACUACCCAUCGUCCACACUAAGGUUUCAUCUCGCGUUCCAUCUAGGAAGGCUUUCUAGUGGUAGGUGUUCGAUCACCUCGUCCACCAAAAGACCCUAUUCAUUCAUCUAACCCUAAUUUGCCAGAUGGCGCAUACCCAUCUAACCCCAUAACUCCAUACCCAACGUAGAAGCUCAAGUAUGCUAGUAAAGUGGAUUAGGGCGACUUACCCAAGCACAAUUAAAGCUAAAAGAAGCAUUAAAAUCACUAGACAAACAGAUUCAUUUAAAACCCUAACAUAUUCAUUCAUUUACAUAAUAGCCCUAAAACUAUGGUUUGGGGAUUUAAACCCUUAGUACCUUGGGACAUCACUAGGGGUGUCCAUUCGGGUUUACCCGAAACCGACCCGAUUAUAUACAUUUUCGGUUUUUUGGAUUCGGGUUCGUUUCCGGUUUCGAGUUUUUUGGUUUCGAGUUUGGUUUUUCUUAUCGGUUUUUCGGGUUCCGGCUAAAAACCUCCAAUGAAUAGAACUCAACCCGUAUUUUUAGGCGUUCGGGUUUUCGGGUUUCGAUUUUGCUUUAACCGAAUCCGAUAAGGAAUUUUCGGAUUUCGGGUAACCGAAAUGCGCAAGUCCUUAUCGGGUUCGGUUUUAGUGAUUUUUGAUUUCGGGUUUUUUCGGGUUUCGGUUUGGGUAACCGAACCCGAACCAAACUGACACCCCUAGACAUCACCCAUGAAGGGGGAAAGAAAAGAAAUACAAAGAGGGAAAGAAAUCAUGAAGAAAUGGGUCUUCAUUUGAUUGAAGUCCUCCUCCAAAGCUCUCAUCCUCUUCUUCUCCUUUCUUCAGCUUCUCUCUCUAAUCUCUCUCUAGAAUAAAAAAUCUGUCAAAAGCCAUCUUCUAUAGGGGGAGGAGUCUCCUAUUUAUAGAAUUUAGAAGGGUGGACAAGUUCAUGGCCGAGUAGGGGAAAUUUGCGGUCGUGAUCUUUCCCUUCGAGCCUGCGAUUUUCAGGCGUCACUGUUCUGGUUUUCAUCUUCGGGGAGUUCGUGGGCUGACUUAGCUCAAUAGCUCAAGCCCAAUAGCUCCCUUUCCGCGGCCUCAAACUAGGGUCGUCAGGCCGGGAUCUUCUCUUAGGUGGCUUCAUCAAAAAGUUUAAGCCCAAUAGCUCCCUUUCUGCGGCCGCAAACUAGGGUCGUCAGGCCGGGAUCUUCUCUCCUGCUUCGCAAUUUGUUGUCUCGGCCGAGAUCUUUCUCUUCUAGACUAUGAUCAUCAGCUUCCCUCCCAUUUUACUACACUUCUGCCAUUUUUCGUACAUAAUUCACAUGUAUCCUCUAAAAGCACCUAAAAUCACGUAAUCAAAUAGGAACAAAAUAGAAAUGAAAUCAAUGAGAUUCUUUCAAUUAUGCACAUGAAUUAGCACAGAACUAACAUAAAUACGAAGGAUAAAUAGCAGCAAUUUGGGCGGUAUCACCUAUAGUGCCAGAGCUUCCAAUAUUUGAUGACCCAUUAACUAUGUGGGUAAAGCUUAGAGAGGGACUCCCUAUUAAUUAAAGUGCAACACUGAUUUCAAUCUCAGAAGAGGACUCCCUUUGUUAAAUUUGCCUCUAGUGUAUCCCCUGACUGGGAUUAGAAAGACGCUUUAAGACUUGGAUCAUUGAUCUCUACAAGGAUGACUUGAGCUACCGAUCCAUCAUACUAGUUGUCUCAUCGUUACUAUCCAAAUUUUGAGCUACAACAUCACCUAUUUCAAUUACUUUCUCUUUUAUUUUUUUCUCAUUAGAAACAUGUACCCAUGCCCCAUGGUUCCCGUUGGUUACUCACCCGUCAGUAACCGUUGGUUACUCACCCGUCAGUAACUAUCCAGAAGCCGUUGAUUUGGGUGAAUUCAUCGUGUGGCUGGGAUGGAUGCGGGGAUGACCAAUGAUAUUUUUGUCUAUUUCUUUAAUUUUCAUAGUUUUUUCGUUUUUUAUUUUGCCCAACAUUUAUUAGCUGGUUUCAAUGGGGGAGAGAGAGUGCAUCUUUCCUUUUUUUUUAUGAAACUCUCUUUUUCUCUUUCUCUCUCUCAAUCUCCUUGUUCUCAAGAUCUAAUAUCAUCAUUAAAUGGGUUGACGGUGAGAGUCACGGUGGGGUCCGCACCUGGUCCAAAAUCAGUAUCAUCAUUAAAUGGGUUGACGCUAUUACGAUUUUAUCCCUUUGUAUAUUUAAGGGUUAAUUGCAUGGUUGGUCACUGAGAUUACAAAAAACGUUCAAGUUUGGUCACUCGAAAUAUUUAAAUCCAUUAGUGGUACUUCAGUUUACUGAAACCAUUCACGUUUGGUCACUCUCCGUCCAACUCCGUUAACUUUUGCUGAUGUGGCAGUCAACUCUCAAAGUUGACCGUUAACUUAGUGACGUGGCAACUAAAAAAUACUAAAAAUAAAAAAAUCAAACUUUUAUAUUUUCCACCUCAUUAUUACAUUCAUUAAAAAAAACAUAAUUAAAUCAUCAGCAGGGGAGCCUUUGCAGAGGGGAGCCUGCUUCUCGAUCUCAUCCAUGGAGCUCAAUCAUCAUCAGCAGCAGCCGGUGGUGGCGGAGGAAAUCAUCUUCCGCUCCAAAUUGCCCGACAUCGACAUCCCCAACCACCUCCCCCUCCACUCCUACAUCUUCCAGAACAUUGUCAACCACGCCGACCGCCCCUGCCUCAUCGACUUCCUCUCCGGCCAGAUCCUCACUUACGCCGAACUCCACCUCACUGCCCGCCGCGUCGCCGCGGGGCUCGACAACCUCGCCGUCAAGGGGAACGUGAUUAUGCUCCUCCUCCCUAAUUGCCCCCAAUUCGUCCUCGCCUUCCUCGGCGCCAUUGCCACCACCUUCAACCCCUUCUUCACACCCGCUAAGGUCUCCAAGCAGGCGAAAGCCUCCGGCGCAAAAUUAGUCAUCACGGGUUCGAGAUGGUGGUUGUCCGCCAUCUGGUCGCGCUUUUAUAUUUUCUCGCUGUCACCUCCGCAGCCUUGUCUGCCAUCGCCAGUGCCACCCUUUUGUCCUUUGGCGAAAGAAACCCAGCGCAGCCAGUACCGCUCGGGCCCCCGGAGGCGGCGGAUUCGUAGGCGGCGGCAAACUUGGCCUUGCCAGCUUCGUACCGCUGCAUGUCGUAGGGCGAGCUCCUUCUACAACUGCUUGUCGGCGAUCAGGAUCUCGUCGAUCUCGUUCUUGUAGUCUUUCAAGAGCACGCGGAGGCACUCCAUGAAGGGAAUUGUAAGGAAGCAGCCUUUUCGGAGGUGGAAGGAGCGGGUUCGGAGGUGGAAGGGAUGAAAUGAAAUUAGGUUUUCUAUUUUUUAAUGAAGGUAAUAAUGAGAUGGAAAAUAUAAAAGUUUAUUUUUUUAUUUUUAAUAAUUUUUUAGUUGCCACGUCACUAAGCUAACGGUCAACUUUGAGAGUUGACUGCCACAUCCGCAAAAGUUAACAGAGUUGGACGGAGAGUGACCAAACGUGAACGGUUUCAGUAAACUGAAGUACCACCAAUGGAUUUAAAUAUUUCGAGUGACCAAACUUGAACGUUUUUUGUAAUCUCAGUGACCAACCAUGAAAUUAACCCGUAUAUUUAAUUUUCCUGAUCUGACGUCUAUGAAUUAAUGCAAUGGACGAUAGAUGAGCUGGUUACCGACAAUUACUGACAAGAAGGUUAUAGAUGAGAUCAGGACCUGGCCUUUGCUAACAAUUAUGGCCAAACAGACUACAUUUUGCGCAUACAGGAGGCAAGUUCCAGUAUUCCACUUCAAUCUCAAAUUUAGGAUCCUCAUCAGGGUAGAAUUUUACAUUAGACGGGAUUCCAAAGUCUGCUCCCAAUUCAAUACAAGCUUUUGCAAAGUCAACUGACCUCCUACUCGGGUCUUCUAAUCCAUCCACAAAAGCUUCCCAUGGGAGACCAUGAAUCCCGACCUAGAUGGGAAGAGUUUCCACUUUUGUGGAGAGCAGUUGAAUACCAGAAUACCACUUACGAAAGAAAAUAGGAUUACCCAAGUGAUACCAGGGCCCCGAUUGGAAUACCUAGUUACAGAGCAGCAGAGAACAUGAAUUGAAAUACUAGAAGCUUAGAUCUGAACCGCGAGACUCGAACCAUACCAUCUCUCCGCCAUAGUCUGUUUUCCCAAACCUGAAGGUCAGGGAGCUUCGGUCUCGUCCCAACAAAUUUAGCGAUAAGAGAAUCUUUCCACCAUUCCGCGCCCUUCUCUUUCACUUGCUUGGGGAGACGGAAACCAUCCUUCGAUCGAUUCAGGAGCUUACCGAAGCCGAUUUUCAGGUGCUACAAAAAAUGAUGCGCCCAACACGAGCCCUAUAUAUUAAUUUCGUUUAGAAUUUUUAGGACAUGUUUGGUUUGAAACCUAAAAGUGAGAUCUUUACUUGGACUGGUAUGGUUUUAAUGAUAUUUAAAGUGAUUCAUUGUGAACUAUAUAUAUGUAAUUAUGAAAAUUGAUGUAUUCUGAUUUCUGUCGUUUGAUUUUUGUGAUAGUUUUUUAUUGGACUUUUUUGUGAUAUUUAUUGUAUUAUUUCAAUAAAGUAUUACUUUUUGA